AUGGCACUUUGCAUUCUGGAGUCGCCACAAGGGAGACAGAGUCUUAUCAACCUCGCCAAUCAACUAGUCGCAUUACGCAACGCCAAGAAAACACCCGAGAAACAUCUCUACAAAGGCUCUCCUGAGGACAUGCACUUAACUAUCAAUCUGUUCUUGCAAAAGAUCAGAUCAAGCUUUCCACUUGUGUUCUUGACGCUUUUUGACGGAGAGGGCGUGACGACCAAGAGAAAGGGAGAGUGGGGCGAUAACCUUCAGAAUUACGAGCCUCAAGUGGCAGUCUGGUUGGAAUUGCACAGCUACAUAAUCGACAACAUGCUGUUUGCGCGCCAGCAAUCGAAAGAGGUUGCGGGACACAGCUAUGCGUUGUUCAAGUUUCAGAUGGUGAUCACCGUCGCUCACGAAAUAUGCCACAUGUUGACCAAUUUCUUGACCGGUGCACAUCGACCCAAUACCCCAUCUAGCCUGAAGGUGGCAGGGUACGGAGGCCCUAGAACUGGUGAGUCUGGUCGUUGGUGGGAGGUGCAGAUGUUUGGGGGUCUCGUCGAAUUUUACGAGAAUCAGAAAGACCCUUUGGGGGCUCGGCAAGCUGGGGUACCCUACUUGAUGACGAACGGCAACCCCAAGUCUCCAGCAAGGCAGCUUUCCAUCAACUAUGUCCUCGAAUUUGUCAACGGCAGUACGUUAUUUCUGUCACCAACUUAG